ACAAGACGUGUCACAUUUCCCAGCUUCCUGCUUUCCACCGAAGAAGAUCGACACAGAACAAAAACAAAAUGCGAUAGUUAAACUUCACUGAUGAGCUGUGGUCAAUGACAGCGUUGUUGACGCUUCCCGACAUAUUUCACUGACUGCUUAGUAAAUGUUAUUUGUUUGUAGCUGAGGCGCGUGGAAGUAAUAGAAAAGCAACCAUGCAGUUCACUCCAACCAACGGAGACUUCACGUUCGUGUCUUCGACAGAGGCUGAAGAGCUCAGCGGGACCAUCAGUGCCCCGGACAUUAAACUGAACAUGGGCAGUGACAGCGGUAAAGACCCAUAUGCUACUACCUUCCUGAGGCAGCGAGGCUAUGGCUGGCUGCUGGAGGUAGAAGAGGACGACAGUGAGGAGAGCAAACCUCUUCUGGAGGAGCUGGACAUUGACCUGAAGGACAUCUAUUACAAGAUUCGAUGUGUGCUGAUGCCAAUGCCUUCGCUGGGUUAUAACCGGCAGGUGGUCAGAGACAACCCGGACUUCUGGGGUCCUCUAGCCGUGGUGCUGCUCUUCUCCAUGAUCUCGAUCUAUGGACAGUUCAGGGUUGUGUCUUGGAUUAUCACCAUCUGGAUAUUUGGAUCGCUAACAAUCUUCCUGCUGGCUCGUGUUCUCGGUGGUGAGGUUUCCUUCGGCCAGGUUCUCGGAGUGAUUGGAUAUUCCCUUCUUCCUCUCAUCGUUAUAGCCCCUCUGCUCUUAGUGAUCGGAGGGUUCGAGGUGGUUUCUACACUAAUCAAACUGUUUGGAGUGUUCUGGGCUGCUUACAGUGCCGCUUCACUGCUCGUCGGAGAUCAGUUUAAAACAAAGAAGCCCCUUCUCAUAUAUCCCAUUUUCCUUUUGUAUAUCUACUUCCUAUCACUAUAUACUGGUGUGUGACUGGAUGAGUUAAAUCUGUGGACCUUUUCAUGGACAGUGAUCCUGGAGCACGGGCAGGAAAAUGCUAUGGAAGACAGGAUUUUUUUAAAAGAGAAUUUCUUUUUUAACUCUGUCAAAUUCAAAGGUGGGGAUGUUUAGAAUAUAAAUCGGUGUGUAUAUACAAUUUUGUCCCUUUAUGUCUUCAGUCAAUAAAAUGCAUCUGCUUUUACAGCUUAAACUGUAUUCAGACUUGUGGUUCACCAGUGCAGUACAGCCCCCACAGUCCUGCAUUUACUUGUAAUUCAUGAAGCAGGAAAUGGGCUCAGGGUUGAACUUUAAUUUAUUGAUUUAUUUUGACUCUUUAUCCCACUGAAGUAUAUGGUGCCAAAUAUCUGUGUGUAUAUGUUCAUGCUGAAGGAAGAGGAAAGAGACACAGAAAGAAAGAGAUUGUAGAGCAUAAUGUUCUUCAUUGUUAUCCAUUGUAAUGUACUAUGAGAUAUGUCCAUUUAUGCUUUUCAUUUUCAUAGACUUGUUUUCUAUAUUUAUGGAUUGCAAGUCGACUAGGGCAAUUGGAGUGAUAUAAACAAUUGUCUUCUAAAUGUGGUGCCUUGUUUUCCCACCUGAGUCCUGUUUUCAACCGUUCAAUACAGGAAUAUAAUAAUUUGAUCCGUUAUUACAGAAAAUCAAUAGAUAUUGUGAUUUAA